AUGGACAAUAAAAAUCUAAAACAAGAUGCUAGUGACUCAUCAUCAUCAUCUGCCGCAAGUAAGCCAAAUAAAUCAUCUUCAGUAGCAGCAGAAGCAACAACAGCGGUAAACAGAAGUGCCACACUGCCAGAACCCGUUCGUCGGGUUAUACAAAAUUUUCUCCUAGUCUGGUUGGAUGCAAAUAUUGAUGAGACGAAAGAAGAUUUCAAAAAUUCAUUACAACAUCUUCGAAAACUUGUGGCAUCCAUCACAACGUUUAAGGAUCCUCAACAAUGUGUUAAUUUCUUUAGUGAAAUUAAAAAAGAAAAGAUAUUUUUGAUUGUAUCUGGUGCAUUAGGACGACAAAUAGUACCAGAAAUUCAAACAAUGCCACAGUUAGAAACAAUAUAUGUUUUCUGUGACAAUGAAUCAUAUCAUGAAGAAUGGACUAAAACUGUAUCAAAGGUCAAAGGAGUAUAUACUGAUAUUAAAUCAAUUUGGCAAGCACUAGAAAUCGAUCGAGAACGAUGCGAUCGAGCUAUGAUCUCAAUUAGCUUUAAUGGUCUCGAUCCUCUGUUCAUGUAUACACAAUUACUAAAAGAAACACUUUUAGAAAUCGAAGAUGAUUAUAGACAAUCCAUCAAAGAUCUGGCUGAAUAUUGUCGUGAACAGGAUGAUAUUCCUGAAGAUCAAAUUAAACAAAUCGAAAAUGAAUAUCAUAAUCAUACACCAAUAUGGUGGUAUACAGCUGAAACAUUUAUUUAUCCAAUGCUUAAUCGUGGACUUCGACAAAUGGAUGUCAAUAUAAUACUUAAGAUGGGUUUCUUCAUUCGUCAUCUACAUAAUCAUAUCGCAGAACUCCAUCGCGAACAACAGGACAGCAUGCCAAUAAAAUUUCAAGUCUUUCGUGGACAAGGUUUGUCCAAUGAAGACUUUGAAAAGAUGAAAAAAACCAAAGGAAAUCUUAUGUCCUUCAAUAAUUUCCUGUUGACAAGUCGUGAUCGUAAGAUUUCGCUAGAAAACUUUGCACGACCAGCCACACGUAAUCCCACUUCAGUUGGUAUCCUCCUUGUUAUGACGAUUGAUCCGGCUAUGUGCACAACAUUAUCGACAUCAUUUGCCGAAGUAAGCAAAGUAGGCUACUACAAAGAUCAAGAGGAACAAAUACUUUUUUCGACACAUACAAUUUUUCGUAUCGAUCGCAUAGAACGCAUCGAAGACAAACAUACUGAUCGCUUAUGGCAAGUUAACCUCACUCUUGAAGGUAAUCAAGACGAUGAUUUUAAUAAACUUACGGCACGACUGCGAGAAGAGUUCAGAUGGAGUACAGGAUGGUCUCGAUUGGGCGAUAUACUUAUUCAUCUAGGAGAGUUCGCAAAAGCAGAACAUCUCUGUAAGACACUCAUCGAAAAGGCAUCUACUGAUAAAGAGCGAUCGAAUUAUUAUCAUCAGCUUGGUAGAGUGUAUACAGACAUGGGCGAGUACUCGAAAGCACUUUCAUCGUAUGAACAAUCACUUGAAAUCCGGAAAACAGUUCUCCCUCCGAAUCAUCCCGACUUGGCUAUUUCCUACAACAACAUCGGUUUAAUAUAUGAUAACAUGGGCGAGUACUCAAAGGCACUUUCAUCGUACGAACGAUCACUUGAAAUCCGAAAAAAAGCUCUCCCUCCGACUCAUCCCGACUUGGCUACUUCAUACAACAACAUCGGUAUCGUAUAUAAAAACAUGGGCGAGUACUCCAAAGCACUUUCAUCAUACGAGCGAGCACUUGAAAUCCAAAGAAUAGUUCUUCCUCCGAAUCACCCCGCCUUGGCUGCUUCAUACAACAACAUCGGUAUCGUGUAUAAUAGCAUGGGCAAGUAUUCGAAAGCACUUUCAUUGUACAAACGAUCACUUGAAAUAAAGAAAAUAGCUCUCUCUCAGAAUCAUCUGGACUUGGCUCCUUCCUACAACAACAUCGGUGUGGUGUAUCAAAACAUGGGCGAAUACUCGAAAGCGCUUUCAUCGUAUGAACGAUCACUUGAAAUAAAAAAAAUAGCUCUUCCUUCGAAUCAUCCCGACUUAGCUACUUCCUACAACAACAUUGGUAUGGUGUAUGGUAAAAUGGGCGACUACUCAAAAGCACUUUCAUCGUACGAGCGAUCACUUGAAAUUCGGAAAAUAUUUCUUCCUUCGAACCAUCCUGGCUUGGCUACUUCAUACAACCACAUUGGUUUGAUAUAUGAUAACAUGGGCGAGUACUCGAAAGCACUUUCAUCGUACGAACGAUCACUUGAAAUCCGGAAAAUAGUUCUCCCUUCGAAUCAUCCCGACUUGGCUACUUCCUACAACAGCAUUGGUAAUGUGUAUCAAAACAUUGGCGACUACUCAAAAGCACUUUCAUCGUAUGAACAAUCACUUGAAAUUCGGAAAAUAGCUCUGCCUCCAAAUCAUCCCGACUUGGCUACUUCCUACAAUAACAUUGGUAUUGUGUAUAAAAACAUGGGCGAGUACUCGAAAGCACUUUCAUCGUAUGAACGAUCACUUGAAAUCCGAAAAAUAGUUCUCCCUCUCAAUCAUCCCGACUUGGCUGCUUCAUACAACAACAUUGGUAUCGUGUAUGAUAGCAUGGGUCUGUACUCGAAAUCACUUUCAUCGUACGAACGAUCACUUGGAAUCCAGAAAAUAACUCUCCCUCCGAAUCAUCCCGACUUGGCUGCUUCCUACAACAACAUCGGUGCGGUGUAUAAUAGCAUGGGUGAAUACUCGAAAGCACUCUCAUAUUACGAAAAAGAUCUCGAGAUCAGCCUGAAAGCUCUCCCUCCAAAUCAUCGGUCGUUGGCUGCUUCCUACAACAACAUUGGUGCGGUGAAUGAUAACAUGGGCGAGUACUCAAAGGCACUUUCAUCGUACGAACGAUCUCUUGAAAUCCAAAAAGUAGCCCUCCCUCCGAAUCAUCCAGACUUGGCUGCUUCCUACAACAACAUUGGUAUUGUGUAUAAAAACAUGGGCGAGUAUUCGCAAGCACUUCGAUAUUACGAAGAAGCCGAAGAGACAUGGAAAAAAUCACUGCCACCAAAUCAUCCGCAUAUUGCACUUGUGAAAAAUAACAUUGAGAUUGUGAAAAACAAAAUGUAA